CUUUUAUGGGAGAAGGAGAAUGGGUUAUCCUCGGCCUCCACUCUAGUACUUCAGUCCUCCAGUCAACCCUGCUAGGUGACUAUCUUCUUCUUCUUGAAAACGCUAAUCUUCAAUCAGUUCAGUUUUCUUGAUCAGGGUUUGCGUUGUUCUAUGUAAUUAUGUUGGCAAAUGAGCUAUAUGUUCUGUUUAAUUGUGAGGAGAAACUUUGAUGGCUGUGAUCUCUGCUAAUAACGCUAUCAAAGGUCUGUAUUCGUAAGCUUCACUCAGGGCUUUGCUGGAUGUUUAGUCUAAUAAGUUGAUGGCAGACAAAUCCAUUAGCUUUCUAAAGUCAGUAAAGCAAAGAGCAUCAUGGAAGAAAGAGCGGGAGGAAGAGAAGAGAAAGCAGUAUGAGAGCCGAAUUCCCUAUCUUCCGACAGAGUGCAUAUCAAAUAUACUUGUUCGACUGCCUCUUGAAUCACUCCAAAGGUCUAGGUUCGUCUGUAAGACAUGGUACAGAAUUGUCAACAGUGGCAUUUUCAUUGAAGCCUAUCUUCAACGUUCUGAAAGUGUCUUAAUUUUUCUAGUUCCACCAAAAAGAGAUGUCUUCUUUCCUUAUAGCAGACCCAACUUGCAAGAGCAUUCUAAUGUUUUCUCUGUUGAGUCUAAGCUUUUUCAAUUGCAAUCUGUGCCCGUACUUCAGCGACCUGUUAUGGAUCCGACCUCAUUGCUUCACAUCAAGUUCAUGGAAAUAGAAAAUUGCAAGAUGAAGAUGGAAGAGUAUAAUGCCACUUGUCUGGGAGCAGUAAGAGCUGCUUGCGGUGGUCUAAUCUUACUUGAUAACAAAAUGAAAAAAGGUGGAUUAAUUGCCGUGAAUCCUGUUACUAGGGAAUUGACUGCACUUCCUUUAGGUACUUUAUUCCCUCCUCAUAGUGAAUCAUAUGGACUUGCAUUUAGCCAGACUACCAGACAUUUCAAACUGGUUCACUUGUUCCGGGAUGAGAUGCAAUAUGUUAGCUGCGAAAUACUUAAUCUUGGAGAUAGAUCCUGGAGAAUGGUUGAUGGACCUGCAUUUGGAGCUUUUGGCUGGUUUGGCUAUGAGCCAGUUUUUGCAAUCAGGGCCAUACAUUGGAUUCCGCAAGUUGAUCAUAGUGAGUACAUAGUGUCUAUGACAGUUGAUGAUGAGAAGUUCCAUCACAUACCUCUCCCAAGAAGUAGCGGAAUUCAAGAUAGGAUUGUGGAAAUGCGUGGGGAUCUUGGAUUUGUGAGUCAUGAAGAAUUGUGCAAAAUUGAUGUGUGGAUCUUGAGGAAUUUAUGUGGGGAAGGUUGGACGAAGCAAUACAGCAUCACAGUGGGUAGCGAGAGCUGUAUGAUCCCUCUUUACUUUUCGAGGAUUUGUGGCGAAAUGAUUUUCCAGGAUGAAGAUGGCUCUUUAUAUGCUUAUGACUGCUCUUUGCAGCUUAUGAAAAAUGUGGAAAUGAAGAAGGGAAGUUUUCCUCUUAAUUGCCACUAUUUUACACAUGUUAAUAGCCUUCUCUCUUGGAAGAUCCAGGGAAAUGUGAUUGAUUAGCAUAUUUGCUGUACCAGUCCAUUGUACAUACCAAAUAAACUUCAGACUGAAACAGUUUCCUACCGGUUUGAGUGGUGAUUUUUGCUUUGUUACCUCUAAAGCAUGUAAAGUUUGGAUCCC